AUGUAUCGGAAGUUGUCUAAGUUAGAACACUCGGAAAUAAAACAACUUCUUACAGAAGCUAAUAUAGAUGUUGCAAAGCAUUACGCAACAAACAAAAAAGCACUCGCUGACUUCAUUAAAGACUAUAAUGGUGCAAUAA